AUGGAUGAUCUGGUCUUGGAUGUUUCUCCCUUAUCCACGAUUCAUCCACCCUCUCAGAAGAAAGCUACACCAUAUGUGUCAAAGAAUGUCGAGACUUCUAGUAAGUCUUCUGUUUCUAAACCUAUAAUCCCUAAUGAAGAUAAAACUGUUGUUGAAGAAGGGUCCAGGUCUAAAGGGUCUGAGAUGAAAAACCCUACUAUGCAUGUUGGCGGCACUGAGAAUCAAAUGGAAGCGGAAAGGAGUUCCAUUGAUAAGAAACUUAGGAAGUUUGUUACUUCCAUGUUGAAGGAGGUGAACUUGGAUGUUUUUCGAGAUGUUCAAACAUAUUUGGAAAAAGAAACUAGCCCUGACAAUGAUUCUAGUGAAAAAGUUGAGGAAAAUGUCCCUGAACAUGCUGCUCUUGAAAGAAGAAGUAAGAAGAAGGUUGAUGAGUGUGUCCCUGAGCAUGAUGCUUAUGAGAGAAGAAGUAAAAAGAAAAUUUAUCAUGUUGUCAAUGUUGAUGAACUAACUUCUGAUGAGGAACCUCUUACCAAUAUUAUGACUCCUGUUGUUACUCCUACUAGGAAGAGGAAAGUUGUCUCUUCUAAUGAUUCUGAGUUUGAGGUCGAAAAGGAUGUCCAGAACAUCACACUUGUAAGAAGAUUUGCUACCAAGAAGCCUCAUGUUAUUGCGCCCGAGGCUCCAAUGGACAAUGUGUCUUUACAUUAUAUGAAGAAUGCUGAAAGGUGGAAGUAUGUUAUUCAAAGGAGGGUAGCUUUGGAGAUGGAAUUGGGUAAGGAUGCCCUAAAAUUUAAAGAGGUUGUAGAUCUUAUAGAAGCUGUUAGGUCGAUAAAGACUGUCACAAAAUUUGGCCCUUGCUAUAAAAGUCUAGUCAAGGAGUUUGUGGUGACUAUUCCUGAUGGGUGUGAUGAUGUGAAAAGUGAAGACUAA